AUGGAUCCUUUGCAAAUGGCCCACUCAGGCCCUCGGAAGAAGAGGCCCAGGCAGAUGGGUGCCUCAAUGCCCUUUCCUCCACAUGACAUCAAGUUUCAGGAUUUGGUUCUCUAUAUUUUGGAGAAGAAAAUGGGAAGCACCCGCAGAGCCUUCCUCAUGGAGCUGGCACGAAAGAAAGGAUUCAGAGUUGAAAAUGAGCUCAGUGAUUCCGUUACCCACAUUGUAGCAGAAAACAACUCUGGCUCAGAUGUCCUAGAGUGGCUGCAGGUACAGAAUGUCAAAGCUGGCUCACAGCUAGAACUCCUCGACGUUUCCUGGCUGAUAGAAUCCAUGGGAGCAGGGAAACCAGUGGAGAUGACAGUAAAACACCAGCUCGUAAGUCCUAUGGUGAAAAAAGACUAUUCAGCUAGCCCGAACCCAGAACCCCAGAUGACUUCACCACUUGUAAAAAAGAUCUCGCAGUACGCAUGUCAGAGAAGAACCACUUUAAACAACUUUAACCACAUAUUCACGGACGCCUUCGAGGUGCUGGCUGAAAACUAUGAAUUUAGAGAAAAUGAAGCCUCCUGUUUGGCAUUUAUGAGAGCAGCUUCUGUGCUUAAAUCUCUGCCAUUCACGAUCAUCAGUAUGAAGGAUACAGAAGGGAUUCCCUGCUUGGGGGACAAAGUGAAGUGUGUCAUCGAGGAAAUUAUUGAAGAUGGAGAGAGUUCUGAAGUUAAAGCUGUAUUAAAUGAUGAACGAUAUCAGUCCUUCAAACUCUUUACUUCUGUGUUUGGAGUGGGAUUGAAGACAUCUGAGAAAUGGUUCAGGAUGGGUUUCAGAACUCUGAGUAAAAUAAUGUCAGACAAAACCCUGAAAUUCACACCAAUGCAAAAAGCAGGAUUCCUCUAUUAUGAAGACCUCGUCAGCUGUGUGACCAGGGCAGAAGCAGAGGCAGUCGGUGUGCUGGUUAAAGAGGCCGUCUGGGCAUUUCUGCCUGAUGCCUUCGUCACCAUGACAGGAGGAUUCCGGAGGGGUAAGAAGAUUGGGCAUGAUGUAGAUUUUUUAAUUACCAGCCCUGGACCAACAGACGAAGAUGAGGAACAACUUUUACCUAAAGUGAUGAACUUAUGGCAAAGGAAGGGAUUAGUUUUAUACUACGACCUUGUGGAGUCGACGUUUGAAAAGUUAAAGUUGCCCAGCAGGAAUGUGGAUGCUUUAGAUCAUUUUCAAAAAUGCUUUCUGAUUUUAAAAUUGCACCAUCAGACAGUGGACAGUGGCAGAUGCAGCCAGCAGGAAGGGAAGACCUGGAAGGCCAUCCGUGUGGACCUGGUCAUGUGCCCCUACGAGCGCCGUGCCUUUGCCCUGCUGGGCUGGACUGGCUCGCGGCAGUUUGAGAGAGACAUCCGGCGGUAUGCCACGCACGAGCGCAAGAUGAUCCUGGAUAACCAUGCUUUAUAUGACAAGACCAAGAAAAAAUUCCUCAGAGCAGAAAGCGAAGAAGAAAUUUUUGCACAUCUGGGAUUGGAUUACAUUGAACCAUGGGAAAGAAAUGCCUAGAAAAAGUUGUCAACUUUUUUCAGAUUUUCUUUUCAGGUUAAGUAAAUUAUGCUCCAUAUUAUACUAAAGAUGCCUUAGGAAAACAUGAGAUUUUUUAAGCCCUAUUGAAAUGCAGACUGCUUUUAGAAAUAGUUUUGGAAACAUGAUAAGGCACCACCCCCUGGUAAUGGGUUUUGCUCUAACAGGCCAUUAGUAUGACAGUUGCUUAGACUUCACAAUGCAUUUUUCCACAGAAACAUUGU